GCGUCGAGUUUAUUAAAUAUAUAACCAUGUAGAUUGUGUUGGAUUUAGUUGUGUGAUCAAAAAUUUUUAAAUUUACUCCGUAUUUAUAAGUGAGCAAAAAUUUAUAACGAGAACUUAGUGUGGGUAGAAGUGUAGAUGAAAAGGCGGUCAAGUAAGAAUCUUAUUUAUUCGAUGGCAAGUUCAUCGGAACGUACAAUUUUGCUGGUUAAAUUGGAAAAAAUAACGGAUACUGGUUGAACCAAUCAGUAAUCAUGUGAUUGCGAAUCAUUUCCUUGUUCGAAAGGGCGACCCUGCGAUCUUCUUUACCCGGAAAUGGGCUGUGGACAUAGCAAAAUUAACAUUUAUCCGAGAAAAUCGAAAAAUAAGAACAAUUCCAAAAAAUCAGCCGAUACAGAAAAAGUAGAAACGGAAGAAGAGGAAUGCGUCGAAGCGGAAACGGAAAAUACCGAAGACGUCGAAGAAAACGGACAGAAGCGAACGAUCAAAUUCAAACCGAUCGGCGGUCCGCUCCUGGCUCAAACCGAAAUAUCAACGAGCCAACAAGAUUUUUUCAAAAUGUUGGACGACAAAAUCGAAAACGGUCCGGAUUACGAUUCCGAUAGCGAAUCGGAGAAAGCUCGCGAAGAGGCUCGUCUGAGGGCUCUGCUGAAUGAUUGGGAAACGGCGAGCGCCGGUUCGAGAUCCGUUACGAGCACGCCGAAAAAACGUCCGGCGGUAGUGCGAGAUUCCGCCGCCAGAGACGUUGCGUUUACGCCGAGAAUACCAACGGAAAGGGUGUACGUGUCGCAGAUUCCGGCUAGCGUUAUCCACCAAUCGUACGGCGUGCGACCGCCGUAUCGACAAGCGACUUUUCUUAAUGCUAAUUACGCGACGCAAAGUCCCUCUCACCAGAUGGCGUAUCCAUCGGCUAUGCAAUAUCAAGCGCUCAGCCCCCUGUACACUAAUCAAUCGCCGCAGUCGAGGCAGUUUCCUCCUUCCGCUAGGGGUUAUUCGAAUAAUUCCCCCAAACAGAUUCCUUACGAACAGUCGAUGAUUUUUUCGCCGAAUCACAAAAUGUACGCGCUUCCGGUUCCUCAAUUGGGAAUUAAGGGGCAGCGAACAAUUAACGAACAAUCCAGUGACGUCGGAUAUAAACCUUCAUUUAAAAAUGGGGAUCUGGUUCAACCACAUGUAUAUAGUCAACAAUCCGUGCAAUAUCAACAGUACAAAGAAGCUAGGGAGCAAGUAUUGGCGCAGAACCAGCAGCAGCAGCACCCCGUUGUUUACAGGGGACCAUCGAAAAAUUAUCAAAGUAGUGUUACUAUACCGAUAGUUGUUAAAAGCGGACAGACCAGCGAUAUGAACGUUUUGCAUAGAAAACAGUACGAACUGACGUGAUAUAAUAAUAAUUAAUAAAAAGUUUUGAAUUUUUAAUAAACUGGUUAGAACAAGUCACUAUUUAUUUUAAAUACAAAAGUCUGCAUGGGGAAAAUUGAAUUUGUACGUAAUACGAAAUGAAAAAAAUAAUUUUUAAUACAACUUUUAACAGUUUUUGGAUAUUAUAUCUCUAAAAAAAAUAUAUAUAUAUAUCGACUGAAAUUCUCGUAGGACUCAAAAGGCUGAUCUUUAGUUAACAAUUCACAACUUUGAAAGACUAUGACAAUUUUUGGUUAUAUUUCUCACAUAUAUAUAUAUAGGGGUUUUGUAGAUAUCUUGUAAAAUAUAAUCAAAUUCUAACUGCCAGGAGAUGAAAAUUUGUAUAUCUUGGAAACAACGUGCCAAAAUGCAUAUCCAUAUUGAUUUAUUCUAAAAUUAACAACACAAAUAAAUUUGUGAGUAUACCCCGUACAUAUACUGAAUAAAGUAGUUGUGUAUGUAAUAAAUGUAUAGAAAUGAUGUUGCGAAAUAUUUGAUGUAUAAAAAUGUAUAGUUAGAACAAUACUCCGUUAUUUAUUUCGAUUUCUAAAUAGGUAAUUUUGAAAAAGGUUCUUGUGACACUAGAAAAAUGUUUUUUUGGAAAAUUCCAUGUGAUAUUUUCACAAAAUUUUUGUUAUGAGUAUCUAGAAACUUCAUUAUUAACAAUUAUAUUUAUAAAUUCAAAAGUUAACAACAAUUUUUAUAAUACAUCUCUAUAGCAAUAAUUUAAUUGAAAAUAUACAAUCGAUAUUUGAUUUUAAUUAUAUUUUUACGUCCAGGAAAAUCUAUUUUUGAUUAUUUAUUGAUAAAAAUGAAAAAUUUUUCAUAAUUCAAACCAAAACGUAUUUUUUCUCAUUUGAAAAAAUAUAAAUUUGAACUUACCAGUAUAUACUAUAAAUUUCAUCUAUAAUACUUCAUUUUUUUAAAUUACAAACACACUAGGUACUUUUAAAAACUAAUCACCACUUUAAUUAGUUUAACAAAUAUAUCAACAACUUUCUACUUAAUAAAUCAACAAAUAACCUUAUAAAUUAUUUAUUGACAGAUGACAUUUAACAAUUCCACCAACUUUUAUUGCAGUGUAUUCUAUGCAUUAGUAGUAGUUCUUUUAUUCAUUUUAAAAAAGAAGAAAUUUUUAUCAACAAUGAUACAAGGGGCGUUCCAAAUAAAA